GAACCGGAAAAUGGACUGGUAAUAGGGAAAUCAGUAGAAAAAUUAAAAAUAUCCGCUCAGUUUUCCGAGCGAACAAAAACUCGAUCUGCUUGGAUGCUUCGAUCGCAUGGCGUCCUCGCACAAUCCUUCUUCGCAUUACACACAAGUUCCUCUUACUUCUGAUUCAGGGGGCAAUCCUGAGGAUCAUGAAGCUCCGGCGGUUCCGAUACAUAUAGUCACCAGUGCUUCUCAACUCCCGGCGAAGUUCCUGGAGCCGUCGCCGCAGGAUCCGUUGGUUAUCGGUUUCGAUUGUGAAGGUGUCGACCUGUGCCGGCACGGGACUCUUUGUAUUAUGCAGCUUGCAUUUCCUGAUGCAAUAUACUUGGUUGAUGCCAUUGAGGGUGGUGAGACGCUUGUAAAAGCCUGUAAGCCUGCACUUGAGUCUAGUUACAUCACAAAAGUUAUUCACGAUUGCAAGCGAGAUAGCGAGGCAUUGUACUUUCAAUUUGGAAUCAAGUUGCAUAAUGUCAUGGAUACACAGAUUGCUUUUUCUCUUAUAGAGGAGCAAGAGGGACGGACAAGAUUGCAUGAUGACUACAUAUCAUUUGUUAGCCUCCUUGCAGAUCCACGUUAUUGUGGCAUAUCAUAUCAGGAAAAAGAAGAGGUCCGUGUCCUUCUUAGGCAGGAUCCAAAAUUUUGGAUUUACAGGCCAUUAUCAGAGCUAAUGGUCCGUGCUGCUGCAGAUGAUGUUCGAUUUCUCCUCUGCAUCUAUCAUAAGAUGAUGGAGAAACUGAAUGGACGAUCCUUAUGGUACCUCUCAGUUCGUGGUGCUUUGUAUUGCCGAUGUUUCUGCAUCAAUGAUAAUGACUAUGCCGAUUGGACCCCUCUCCCUUACAUUCCAGAUAACUUGAUGGCAGAAGGGAAUGCUCCCGAGGAAGAAAUACUUUCGGUUCUUGAUGUUCCCCAAGGGAAAAUGGGAUGUAUCAUUGGCAGAAGAGGAUCCUCCAUUUUGUCAAUAAAGGAAUCUUGCAAUGCGGAAAUCUUCUUUGGGGGUACUAAGGGUCCACCUGACAAGGUUUUCAUAAUCGGCCCUGUGAAGCAAGUGAGAAAAGCUGAAGCCAUGUUGAGGGGAAGAAUGCUAGAAAUAUACUAGGGAAAUCUUUUUGGUUCCUCAAAUGGUUUGCAAUAAUGAACAUCAGCCUCAGAAGAUUGAAUUUGCCUAACCUUCUUAUGUUUCAUGGAUAUGAUCGUCUUAUUCGAUGAUUGCAUGACUUGGUAUCAUGUUCUAGGCAAAGCUAGAUGCCUAAUUAGAAAAUGAAAACAAAUUAAGUUUUAAAACACACGGUUGGGUACCAUAAGUAAAAUGAAAAUUUGUUGAUAGU